GGAGGGUAUCAAGCCCAACCCAUUCCUCACCUGACCGCGCUCCACACCGGUCUGAAGAAACACCCCGACGGGAGUCUUACUCACUUGCGUCAGAUCUGCACCUUCAAUCCUCUUCGGUCUCGAUCCUCUCUGUCUUGACCUCUUUCCAUUUAUUUCGCACAUCAUUAUAUCUGUGUAGAAAUCCUUGAUCACUGACGGAUUCGAAUCGGAGGUUCAAAGAUGGCUUUUAUGGCCGUCUUGGAAUCCGAUCUUCGUGCUCUCUCUGCGGAGGCCCGCCGUCGAUACCCCGCCGUUAAGGACGGCGCCGAACAUGCAAUUUUGAAGCUUCGUUCGUUGUCAAGUCCCAGCGAAAUUGCCUAUAAUGACGACAUAAUUCGGAUUUUUUUGAUGGCUUGCGAGGUCAGAGCUGUGAAGUUGAGUAUUAUUGGACUUUCAUGUCUGCAGAAGCUCAUAUCGCAUGAUGCAGUUGCUCCAUCAGCCUUAACGGAAAUACUUUCUACGCUGAAAGAUCAUGCGGAAAUGACUGAUGAGACUGUUCAAUUUAAGACACUACAGACCAUCUUGAUAAUAUUUCAGUCACGCUUACAUCCCGAAAAUGAGGACAACGUUUCUCAAGCUCUUUACAUCUGUCUUCGGCUUCUUGAAAACAGUCGCUCCUCUGAUAGUGUGCGCAAUACUGCUGCAGCUACUUUUAGGCAGGCGAUUGCUUUAAUUUUUGAUCAUGUGGUUAGUGCCGAGUCUCUUCCGGUAGGGAAGUUUGGUUAUGGGGGUCACAUAUCUCGAUCCAAUUCAGUUACUGGUGACGUGAAUCGCAAUAUUAAUUACUCUGAGUCACUGGGCCAUGAAUUUGUUUCUGGAGGGCCAUCAUCGAUGAGAGAGAUCCAGACAAAUGUUGGAAAGCUUGGGCUUCGUUUACUGGAAGACUUGACAGCUCUUGCUGCAGGCGGAUCUGCAAUAUGGUUACGCGUCAGUUCUCUUCAACGGACAUUUGCACUUGAGAUACUUGAAUUUGUUCUCUCCAAUUAUGUGACUGUUUUCAGGACGUUGAUUUCCUAUGAUCAGGUUUUGCGACACCAGAUUUGCUCACUUUUAAUGACCUCACUUCGUACUAAUGCUGAGCUUGAAGGAGAAACAGGGGAGCCUUCUUUUCGUCGUCUGGUUUUGCGAUCAGUUGCUCAUAUCAUCAGGCUUUACAGUUCCUCUCUUAUCACUGAAUGUGAAGUUUUUCUUAGCAUGCUGGUGAAGGUCAUUUUCCUUGACUUGCCAUUGUGGCAUCGGAUUCUUGUGCUUGAGAUCUUAAGGGGAUUUUGUGUGGAAGCACGGACAUUGCGAAUUCUUUUUCAGAACUUUGAUAUGAAUCCAAAGAACACAAAUGUUGUUGAGGGCAUGGUUAAAGCUCUUGCACGAGUGGUUUCAAGUGUCCAGAUUCAAGAAACAAGCGAGGAGAGCCUGACAGCUGUUGCAGGGAUGUUUAGCAGCAAGGCUAAGGGGAUUGAAUGGAGUCUUGAUAAUGAUGCAUCCAAUACUGCUGUGUUGGUUGCCAGUGAGGCCCAUGCUAUAACUUUGGCAGUUGAAGGCCUGUUAGGUGUUGUCUUUACUGUUGCUACCUUGACAGAUGAGGCAGUGGAUGAUGGGGAGCUGGAGUCCCCAAGAUAUGAGAAUGAUCCUUCAGCAAAAUUAACGGGAAAAACUGCAAUUCUCUGCAUUGCAAUGGUAGAUUCAUUUUGGUUGACAGUACUUGACGCAUUAUCCCUUAUUUUGUCAAGGUCUCAAGGUGAGGCCAUUGUGUUGGAAAUAUUGAAGGGAUAUCAGGCAUUUACUCAGGCAUGCGGGGUUCUUCAUGCCGUAGAACCUUUAAACUCUUUUCUAGCAUCUCUUUGCAAAUUUACAAUCCAUUUUCCUAAUGACGUGGAAAGGAAAAGUUCGUUACAGUCUCCUAGUUCAAAACGUUCUGAACUGUUGCUGGAUCUGAGGGAUAGUGUUGUCCUCACUCCCAAGAAUGUCCAGGCCUUGAGGACUCUCUUCAAUGUUGCUCAUCGAUUGCACAAUGUAUUGGGCCCAUCAUGGGUUUUGGUACUGGAAACCUUGGCAGCUCUAGACCGGGCAAUCCACUCUCCACAUGCCACCACACAGGAGGUCUCUACGCCUGUUCCAAAGCUUACGAGAGAAUCUUCUGGCCAAUAUAGUGAUUUGAAUAUCCUCUCUUCUCUGAACUCCCAGCUGUUUGAGAGUUCAGCACUGAUGCACAUAUCUGCAGUCAAAUCUCUUCUUUCUGCACUUCGUCAGCUGUCUCAUCAAUGUAUGACUGCGACAUCAGGUGCUUUUGGACCACAAUUAAGUCAAAAAAUUGGAAGCAUCAGUUUUUCAGUUGAAAGAAUGAUAUCCAUUCUUGUCAAUAAUCUUCAUAGAGCAGAACCAUUGUGGGAUCAUGUUGUUGGCCACUUUCUUGAGCUUGCCGAUGAUUCCAAUCAACACCUACGAAACAUGGCUCUUGAUGCAUUAGAUAAAUCCAUUUGUGCUGUUUUAGGUUCGGAACAGUUUCAGGACUACUCAUCAUCCAAAUUUGAGGGGACAGCUCACAGUGACGAAACAAAACAUGUGGAGUUUAAAUCACUUGAAUGUGCCGUUAUAUCUCCUUUGAGGGUUCUUUAUUUUUCAAGUCAAAGCAUUGAUGUUCGUGCUGGAUCCUUGAAAAUUCUUCUGCAUGCUUUAGAGAGGCAUGGAGAAAAAUUGCACCACAGUUGGCCUAAUAUUCUUGAGAUGUUGAGGUCUGUUGCUGAUGCAUCAGAGAAGGAUCUUGUCACUCUUGGCUUCCAGUGCCUUCGCAUCAUUAUGAAUGAUGGCCUUUCCGCAAUACCUGCAGAGUGCCUUCCUGUAUGCAUAGAUGUUACUGGAGCAUACAGUGCCCAAAUGACAGAGUUGAAUAUCAGCUUGACAGCGAUAGGCCUCUUGUGGACUACAACUGAUUUUAUUGCUAAGGGUCUUUUAAAUGGGCCAGUAGAGGAAAAGGAAACAGAAACUGCAGAUGCUAUUCUAGAAGGCACUGAGGUUGAAAAGGUGGACAAACAGGCAGUCGUCUUGGACAAUCAAGUGAAUGACCAAGUGUCUGCUGUAAAUACUUUGAAUCAUGACAAGCUUCUGUUUUCUGUCUUCUCCCUGCUUCAAAAACUUGGAGCUGAUGAGAGACCAGAGGUCAGGAAUUCUGCUGUUAGAACACUCUUUCAAACUCUUGGGAGUCAUGGACAAAAGCUCUCUAAAAGUAUGUGGGAGGAUUGUUUUUGGAAUUACGUUUUGCCUGCAUUAGACCGUGCAUCACAUAUGGCUGCAACUUCAUCAAAAGAUGAGUGGCAUGGGAAAGAACUUGGGACUCGUGGAGGAAAAGCAGUUCACAUGCUGAUACAUCAUAGUCGAAACACAGCUCAGAAACAAUGGGAUGAGACACUUGUUCUUGUCCUUGGUGGAAUAGCACGUCUUUUACGUUCUUUCUUUCCUUCCCUCAGUAGUUUAAGCAAUUUCUGGUCAGGCUGGGAAACCUUGCUUCUUUCUGUGAAGAGCAGCAUGUUAAAUGGUAGUAAAGAGGUUUCUCUUGCGGCUAUAAAUUGUUUGCAAACAACUGUUCUUUCUCAUUCCCUCAAGGGGAACUUGUCAAUGCCAUACCUUUCCUCUGUACUUCAUGUUUACGAGUUUGUUCUUCAGAAGUCACCAUACUAUAGUGGUGAUGCAGCAAGCAAGGUGAAGCAGGAAAUUCUACAUGGUCUUGGAGAAUUGUAUGUGCAAGCACAAAGGAUGUUUGAUGAUCUCAUGUUUACACAGUUACUAGCAAUCAUAGAUUUGACGAUAAAGCAAACAAUAAGUGUGAAUGAUAACUUCGAAAGCGAAUAUGGACAUGUCCCCCCUGUGCUACGUAGUGUACUGGAAGUCUUGCCUCUACUAUGUCCAACGGAGCAAAUGUCUUCAAUGUGGCUUAUUCUUCUUCGGCAGCUUUUGCAGUAUCUUCCUAGACCAGAUUUGCCUUUGCAGAAUGGGGAGAAUGUUUCAGAACAGAGCAGUACAACUGAUACUAUCAUGAACUCCAAUACAAAGACGAAGUAUGAGAUGCCCAGCAGUACUGCUUCUAUGUUACCGAACAAAGAUGAAGCUGCUUCUCAUAGUUCUGGAUUGUCUACUAUGACAGCUGUUAUCCCGAGCUAUAUGUUUGCUGAAAAGCUUGUUUCAUUAUUGGUGGAUCUUUUCUUACUGGCUCCACUGGUUGAAAAGUAUAUAAUGUUUCCUGAAAUUGUUCAAAGCCUUGGAAGGUGUAUGACAACAAGAAGAGACAAUCCAGAUGGUUCACUUUGGCGAUUAGCGGUUGAAGGUUUCAAUCGUGUUCUUGCUGAUGAUGCCAAUAAAUUUUCCACGAACUCUGGACCAGAUUUGAGAAUCAGUAAACCUGCAAGAAUGCGUAUCUGGAAAGAAGUUGCAGACGUUUAUGAAAUAUUCCUUGUUGGUUACUGUGGGCGUGCUAUUCCUUCAAAUUCUCUAUCAGCUGUUACCCUCAAGGCUGAUGAGUUUCUCGAGAUGACCAUGUUGAACAUUCUAGGGGAAAGGAUUCUUAAGUCCCCGAUUGAUACACCUCGUGAUAUUCUGCAACGGCUAGUUUCGACAAUUGAUCGAUGUGCAUCACGCACAUGUUCUUUGCCUAUUGAAACUGUGGAAUUGAUGCCCUCUCAUUGUAGCAGAUUUUCCUUGGGUUGCUUACAGACAUUAUUUUCUUUAAGCAGUCAUGACAAUGGAGAUGGUCAUUGGAGCUUGACAAGAGCUGAAGUGAGCGAAAUCUCGAUCAAGAUACUUUUAGCCAGAUGCCAGUUCAUUUUGAACAAAUUUCUUAUUGAUGAGAACGAACUAAUUCAACGGGCAUUACCUCUCGCAAGGCUAGAAGAAAUUUUUUUCGUCCUUCAGGAACUGGCUCGUUUAGUAAUUCAUCCGGACACGGCAUCUAUUCUUCCUUUACAUCCUAAUUUGAAAAAUGGCCUAGGAGACAAAAGGAAUAGUGACACACAUCCGCAUCUGCUUGUGCUACUUCCCUCCUUUUCUGAGCUCAUUAUAUCAAGGGAAGCCCGGGUGAGAGAGCUUGUACAAGUCUUAUUUAGACUCAUUGCCAAAGAACUUGCUCUUGAAAAUUUUGCGUCGCCCGUUGAUGCAUGGUCGAAUGCAUAUUGACACAGGCCAACUAUAUUAAUUCGACAUGUUAUUUUUUGUCGAUAGAAGUUAUAGCUGAGGAAUUUUUUCCGUGUCCUCAUCCUUCUAUACCAUGUACCUUAGUUAUAUGUACAAUGUAGGAUAAGUGCCAGUUUGUUGUAUUUAAACUCCAACUCUGAUUAAUUCCUUCCCCAUUUCUUGAUUGAGGCAUUUUGUAUAGAAUGUACACAAUUUUGUAGGUUGAAAAAUCAAAAAUGGGUUCACGUUCAUAUGAAAGGGGAGGGAAUAAGGAGCUUGCUCCUUGCUGGUUUGAAAGUGUAAAGAUGGUUUAAGAGAUGAUUCAAUUCUCUACCAAUGAUGUUGUUUUCCCUUCACAGAUGGGGAAUUUGGAGGUUGUAGUUUUCCAACCUACUAAAAUUG